UGGAUGUGCAGUAUACCGAAUUGUAAGUGCAGCAGAGUACCAGUACCAGUAUGGGUGUGUAUGCCUCAUGAACGGACCCACUCACUCAGCACAAUAUACAUGCACAGAGAGGUUGUGGAUGCUAAGUCGGUGGUACUGAUGACGAAAGACUUCAAACACCAUCAAUAAUUUGCUUAUCACAUUGGAAAGAUUGUAACAAGCUUAAGUCAAAGAUGGCUGCCCGUAUCACAGUCCAUUCAGUGCUUGAUAAGAUCAGUAAGGAUCAUCUAGAAUGUCCAAUAUGCACCAAUCGCUUCAUCAAUCCAACAAUGCUAGACUGUCUACACAGCUUCUGCUUCACAUGCCUCAAGGAGCUUCACCAACAAGAUCCUAACAACUCCAUCCUACUGUGUCCUCUGUGCAGAAAGAAAACAACACUAGAAGACAAGGUUGACAGUCUACCUAAGGACUUUAAACUCAAUGCCCUGGUGGAAGAGUUUACUGUUCAGGAGCAACUUAUUGAGGGUCAUGGGUCAGAGGUCAAAUGUCAAGCCUGUAAAAGAGAUCAUACGGCUGUUUCCAGAUGUAUUGACUGUGAACAUUUUAUUUGUCAUGAAUGUCAACAAGCACAUCAGCAUAUGGCUAUUUUGGAAUCACAUAAAAUCUACUCACUUGCUCAACUGCAAUCAGGUGUAGUAACCUACCGCAGUAAAAUCAGGGAGUACAUUCCAAAGUGUGGCAAGCACAGUGAUCAGACUCUGAACAUCUACUGCAACACAUGCCAGAAGUUAGAAUGCACAACUUGUACCAUUCUUGAUCAUGCAAACCAAACACAUGACCCCAUCGGCAUACCUGAGGCUUUAGACAAAUGCAAACAGGAAGUCGCAGAGCUGGUUGCAAAAGCUGAGAAAUGCAAGGCUGAUAUUCAAACUGCCAUGGAACAAGCCAGUGAGUCUCGCAAGAAAAGAGCAAAGAUCACCGAAGAGGAAAAGCAGCUGAAGCAAGAGGCAGAGAGUGUUUACAAAGACAGAGUCCAGACAUUUGAAACUGCAGAGGCAACCAACACAAUACAAGGUGAGAUUGUGUCUGACAGGCUUUCCUUUCUUGAGUUUGAAGAAGGUGAAAGGUCAGUGGGAAGACUGGUGCUGGAAGAUGAGCAACAAGCUAAAGCAGAGGCUCAGGCCAAGGAACAUGAAACAAUCCAUACAAAACAAAAGUGGAAACUGAAAGAAAGUUUCAGUCAAUUUGGCUUCACGCAAUUUCAGACGGAAAGGUUUGUUACAGCUUUCUCCGACAAUGAAAUAGUAGUAUUAGAUAUAGACCACAAUACAUUGUUUGCAUUCAAACCUCAAGUAGCAGCAAACACAUCACAGUCUACUCACUGCCCACAAAGAUUAAAACUAAAAGGUCUUUCUGAACCAUCAGCACUCACUGUGGGCAAUAAUGAUCACCUGUAUGUGAUUGACAAUAGAGAAGUCAAGGUUUUAAACAGGAAAUAUAUGCCCCAUCAUCAGUUCCAGCUAAGUGAGAGAAAGCUCUCCCCAUCAUGCCUUGCAGUGGAUGAAAACAAUCUCAUAGCAGUGGGUUAUUCAAAAGGGCAGAAGAUCUCACUCUACAACCCUGAUGGAUCACUCAUCAGAACAUUCUCUACUCCAGUACAGGUAGACUAUUUGACUUUAUACAAGGAGAGGAUUAUCUACAGCAGUAGAGGUGAUAAACAUUUACACUCAGUUGAUUAUAAGGGUGGAAAGGUGUUCUCAGUAGAUAUUAAUCAGUCUGAAGAUUCCUGGGGUAUUUGCUGUGAUAAAGAUGGAAGUAUCUUUGUUGCUCAAUAUAAUGGGACAACACAAAACAAUAGAAUAUGUCAGUACAGUUCUGAUGGCAAGUACAUUGGAUGUGUCAUUGAGGAUUGUGGUGAUGCCUAUGACAUCACAUUCACACCAUCUGGCAAUCUUGUAGUAGAAGCACAGACAUUAGUAAACAUCUUCCAAGUUAUUUCCCAGUAAGAAUAGUACCUCACUUAACAUGUGAAAGUGAACUAUAAAAACAAAACAACUGAUCUAAUAAUAUCAUAACAUACACAUUACACUAGUUCAU